GUUUGCUACAGCUUCUUGGCGGCGACUUUGAUGCUUUCGUCACCCUUCUCAAACAAAAAGCGUUUGUCCUUGGGGACAACCCUCAUGACAUCCGCCUUUGUGUAUCUGCUUGGCCCGUGCAGUCGUUGGUGGCAUGGCUAGCUGUGCGUCAAGCAUGGUGGAAGAAGUCCGUGCACGUCGGCAAAGGAUCAUGCGUUGGCAGCGACGGGUGGCCAUGCCAUUCUCGUGGCAUGCAAGAGGUGGUCUUGCCUCUUCGAAGGCCCUGGACUCGAGGAACACAUGCACAAUGCGUCCUGUUAAUCUAAAAUAAAGCUCAUGGAUGUUCGCUUUGAAAUGUCGUUGACGGACGGCAACGGAUUCGAGGACGGGGCACUUUGUGGGGGUGGUGCAGGAUUUGACGACGGCAUCGCGUGACUGCCGUAGUUGCUGGUGGGGGGUGCGCUGCCGUUGGUGGGCGUGGGAGGAGGGCAGUACGUCAUCUGGUGCGGCGGAGGCAUGGGGGCAUAACCAGGGGGCGGUUGGUGGUAGUAUGGGGAGUAUUGAGGCUGCGGAGGGUACGGCUGAUACAUGGGUGGAUGCAGCUGCAUGUGUUGCUGGGUCACGUAUUGUGGCGGCUGUUGGUAUGAUACAGGCGGCAACGACGGCUGGUGUUGGAUGGGCGGUGGCGGCAGAUGAGCCGUCUGCUGGGGCGCCUUUCCGUACGCAUUCAACGAUGGAAUGGAAGAGGGGUAACCUGGGGGCGGAAGCAAGCGUGACAUGGAUGGUUGCGACGGAUUUAUCGUCGAGGGUUCGCCGCUCUGGGCGCCAUUCGUGGACGGCGCGGCGUUCAUAACGGGCGACUGACUCGGCACUGCGUUGGGGUUGUCGUACGAGGGUUGCGGAAGUGGGGCGGAGCCGUUGGUUGGUGGAUGGCUGGUAGUGGAGAUCGGGGGUGGUGGGAGUUGUUGCUGAGCCUGUGGAUAAUGUCCGUUUCCGUUGGGCUGAUGAAUCGGCGGCAUGUGAGGGGGUGGUUGGAUGAGGUGAUGUGGUUGCGAGGGGUGGCUGACCCAACUGCCACCGUUGCUUCCUGGCGGCGGCACCAUUGCGCCCGGCUGUUGGUAGAUGGGGUGGUGCUGAGGGCCAAGUUGGUGGUGGUGGUACAUGGGCUGUUGUUGGGUGUAACCUUGCAAGGGAGCAGGGGGCAAGUUCGUUCGGGGGUCGAUAGCCCCCCCUUGUUGAUGUGGCGGUGGCUGCUGCUGCUGCUGCUGUGGCGCGAUCUGGUACACGUACUGGUGUGGGUACUCGCUGCCGUACGGAACUUGUUGCGGGUGCACUGCGUACGACACGUACAUCCCACCGGGAGGGUACUGAUGAAUAGGCGGGGGCGCGACCAUCAUUUGAUAAGUUUGCGGCUGCUGAUGGGUCGGCGGGGUAGUGUAUGUGCCAGGAUGAAUGGGCUGAAAGCCGCCAUGAGGAACGUUCGGCGGGUUUGCCGGAGGUUGCUGAACCUGAGUUUGCGGCAGCUGUGGUUGAUGUUGGUGUUGGUGCAGAGCGCUGUCUUGCGGCUGGCUCUGUCCUGCCGCAGUCUCAUGAUGAUACAGUAGCGGUGGCAUUUGUGGUGGUGGUGGCGACGACUGCGAUGCCACUGGCGCGGACAACGGUGCGGUGGGUGCCAGAGGAUGCAGUGUGUUCGCGAGAGACGGAAUAUGCUGUUGCGAGUGAUGAAGGGGUAGUUUGGAGGAGCCUGCGGGUGUUGACUGCAGUGGCUUAAUGGAAGGGACAGGGCUGCCUUGCGAGUUUCGUGGAAGCGUGUGUGGCGACGCAGUGGCGGACGGCGCUGCCGCCGAGGCCAGAAGCGCCAUGUUCGAUUGCAUCUGGUCCGACUUUACGUCCCACUCGGGUCGUUGCGCAGGGCUGCUGUUUUGUUUUGACUUGAUCGCCCUCGCAGUCGUCUUUUGAAUCUUUGCGGUGGGUUGAGACGCCAUCGGCUCAGACAUGUGCUUCGAUCCGUUCGUUCGGCUGCUCGACGUACUGCUCUUGUCGACGUCCUGGCUGUUCGUCUCGACACUCUUUUCGUUGUAUGGUUGGAAUCGCGCCGUGUUGUUGCGGGCCUGCAUCUCCUCCCGCAUUGCCUUCAGUUUGGUGACAGAAAUACCCAUAAACACGCCAAAACCGUAGUACACUUCCUCAGCGGGAGGGCGCGUAGCGGAUGCGCCGCCAUCGACCGCCAUGUCGUACGCUGUGCUGAGCUGUUCACGCUCCGAAUUCGGCAUCCCUCGCCUCGUUGUCCUGCCGCCGUCCGCAGUGUCCGAGUGGCCGGGCGAUG